AUGCCCGCCCGCUACAGGCACCGGCACUGCCAGCGGCUUCCUCCCCCCCUCCUCCUCCUCCUCCUCCUCCUCCUCCUCGCAAACCAUGCCGCAGCCUUCAACAUCCCCCUCCCCCGUUUCCUACAACGCUCCCCCGACUCCCCCUACGACCCUUCCUACCUCUCCUCCCUCCUCGCCGAAGAACGUCCCUACCACCACUACCCAACCGCCCGUCGGCGACUCGUCGUGCGCGUAGACAACACCACCAUCGCGACCUCCACCUCCUCUGAUCUCGACAGCUUACGCGUCCAACCAACCUCAUCUGACUCGGACUCGUACUUCGAACUCUCCUCCACCGCGACCUCCUCCUACGACUACGACCCUCCUCUCUAUGCGUCACCCACCUCAACCCCCCUCUCUACCACUCCCCUCUCCUCAGACUACUACAUCUCCGCAACCCUAUCAACCACCUCUGAUUCAUCCGUUGCCGCGACCUCAACAAUCCCCGACGCCCUCACCCUCUCAGAUACCGUCGAACCGUCUGAUACUGCCUCAAUUAGCACCUCUGCAGACCUCACCACCGAGCCAGCCGCCACCGAAACCUCCGCGGAUACCACCGAAUCUACAGACUUGGCAUCUACCGCAGCCACGGACACUCCAACCACCUCGUCGAUAGAUCAGGCCACCGUUACAGACUCUGCCAUCACCGACUCUGCUACCGACUCCGCUACCGACUCGGCAACAGACACCGCCACCGACUCGACAGCCUCCUAUACGACGAGCUCCGAUACUGAUCUGCCGCUCACCGUCAGCUCCUCGCCGUCUACUUCGACCACGGACUCGGCUGCUGUCACGGACUCGGCUACUCUCACCGACUCGGCUACAGAUGCUACUGCUACUCCCACCGACUCUACAGUGACCGACUCUACACCGACCGACUCUGCCACCGACUCGACAACGGACUCUGCAACGGACUCUGCAACGGACUCUGCAACAGACGGCUUGAUACCGACAGCGACAGACACUGCGGGUGCGUCUGCCACUGACACGUCUUCAGUUACAGACACUACAGCUGCGGCAACCACCACUGACGCAGCUGACUCUGUCACGAGCUCUGAUGCUACUCCGACAGACGCCUCCACGGUCUUCCCCACAGACUCGACAGACUCCUCUCUAGAGUCCGCUACUUCGACAGUCGAUACCGCCACUGACGUCUCAGCUACUGCUACCACCACUGACGACUCAGCUACUGUUACCUCGACUCCCCUUGAUAGCACAGCUGUUGCGACCUCGACCUCGUCAUCCGAUAUCGAGUCGCAAACGUCUACCGAAGCUGCGGGCUCCGUCACAGACACGGCUAUCACCUCGUCCGUGUCAGAUACUGCUGCUGUCACCGCGACCUCCUCCGAUGAUUUGACAGCUCCUACUUCCUCUGCAGAGGUCAGUGACUCUUCGGUCACGGAGACAGCCAAAAGCUCUUCAGAGGAAUCCACUUCCGCUGUUACCUCAUCGGGCGCGUCAGAGACAACCUCAUUGGUGGCCACCAGCUUGACAUCUGCUGUUUCCUCUACAUCUGAGUCCUCCAGCGAAUCUGGCUCGACCAUUACCUCCAUCGCAGACACGUCGAUCCUCGCGUCCUCCACGACGGCCUCUUCGCUCUCUGCUGUGGAGUCUGCAAGCUCGACCUCGACUGAGACCUCAACCCCUACUGGGACCUCAACCACAGCUACUGGAGAAUCUUCCGAGUCUGAAAGUGUGGCUGCUACGGCUUCAGAGUCGCAAGUUUCCCCAUUGACGUCGAGUGGAACUACUUCGGCUGCCACUUCCUCUGCGACCGAGAGUCUCUCCUCCACCAAGUCUUCCGAGGUAUCUGGUGCUUCGUCGUCGUUGACCACUACUGUUUUUGUUUAUCCUUCAUCAACAGUUACUGCCACGCCGUCGACAUCUGCCGUCGAGACCUCAGAGUCUGCUGUGACUUCUGGCGUAUCGGAAACAUCGAUCGCAGAGUCUUCGACCGUCACUGAGAGCUCUUACGCUUCGACUAUUACCAGCGGCUCUAUGGAGUCUGUGGUCUACACCGAGUCUGCUUCGGAUGUGUCUAGCUCACUCGCUGUCUCGUCGACUGCUGUGUCUGCGAGUGAGUCGGCCGUGAGUGAGAGUGCUUCAUCGGCUAUUGAGACGAGUGCAGUCAGCAGUGAAAUCUACAGCGAGACGUACACCGUAUCGAGCGGCGCUUCUUCGAGCGAAGUCCUCUCUGCGACAUCGGCUGUUACAUCGGCUGUUUCGGGCACUUCUCCGACCAGCUCACCUGUGAGCUCGUCUGCUUUGGAGUCUACGCAGUCUACGCCUGUGUUCAGCGAGGUCGUGACGACCUACACUAGCGAAGGCUCUACUUUCACGAGUGCUUCUAUCGUUCCGAUUGUUACGAGCUCCGGAAAUGCGGCCAGUUCGUCGCAGCUUCCUUCUUCAUCGACUGGUCUUCUGUCUUCGACAGAGGUCGUGUCUUCCACUGCAGUGGUCUCGGGAUCUGCUGUUACCACUGCUGUUACCACGACUGCUUCGGCUUCCUCGGCUUAUGAGUCUUCUGGUAUUCUUGUCUCGACCUCAGUCGCUGAAUCAUCCUCCUUGUCCGGAGCUGAAUCAUCUGUCCUGACGUCGGCUGCUUCUGCUUCAGUCUCUGCCACAGAGUCUGCUGGUUCAAGCACGAUCAUAGUGUCUACUACUGCUGCUUCUGGUGACUCUGCGAGCGCAACUGCGACGUCUGAGUUCACUACUAGUGGAUCUGCUUCGAGUGCUCUUUCAACGGAAGCGUCAAGUGCUUCGCCUGCUUCUAGCGUUGCAUCGACCGAGGCUACCUCUACGGUUCCCGGCUCAAGUGCUGCUGCCUCCACAACCACUCAUGCAUCCGGCGAAAGUGUGACGACAACGCUUGUGACUCUGACGACCACAUCGGCUUCAUCGGGUGAUACGACAAUCACGAGCGUUACGUCGGACUGGCUGCCCAGCUCCUUGAUCAUUCAGCAGACGACUAGUACUGCUUCGUCUACGCAGACCGCGACGGCGACGACAUCUACUGUGCUUCCGAAUUUGAUUGCACCUUCUGGUGGAACGCCUACCACUCCUUCAGACUCGACUUUGGUCCAAAUUGGAUUUGCGUAUGCUCUGAACUACCCGUUCAUUGUGGAGCAUCCGCUUGCUGUUGCUCAGAUCUUUGAGUACUUGCCGCAAGGUGUUGCUUACGGAUUGAACGUGUCUACGGAUGAUGCGCAAAUGCAGGCAAUCAAGCCGUACGAGACGGACGAUAGCUCGUUUAUUGUCUCUCUGGCUCUGAUGUACGUGCCUUCUGACCUUGUCGACACUUUGUUGCUUGGGUUGCACACGCCAUCGUCAAGACUCUACAACAACCCUGACGAGUCUGUGAAGGCGCUUAUGGAUCUUAUUGAUCCGACGAUACCUCUGAUUGCUUCGACAUCGAGCACGUCAGGUUCUGGAUCAUCUGGAGCUUCGACUCCGGAUUCGUCUUCGGAUCCAGAUUCGUCCAGCGACGCUAGCAACGGCGGUAAUGGCAAUGAUCUGAGCUCUGCUGGUAGUAUAUCCGCCGGAUCGCUUGACUCGAACACUUACUCUGAGACCUCGACUGCUUCGAAGCGUACGAUCGGUAUUGCCGUCGGCGCAGUCGUUGGAGCAGUCGCUUACGGAGUGUUUGUGUUCUUUGUUGCACGUCGGUUCCGAAGGAAGCGUGUGAUGGCGGCCAGGGCUGCUAUGCAACCCAUGCUCCAGAUCUCUGCGCCAAUGCCUCUCGGCACCGUUCCUUCGCCCCGACCUGAGGGAAGUGGUGUGGGAUACGGAGCGGCAGGGAUGAGUGCAGCUCCGAACCGGUCACCCACUACAUCGACCAACAAUCAAUCAGGACAAAGUCGAUUGAGUGGCUCGCGCGGAUCGAGUAGCGGCGGACACGUUAGUGGACGCGGCAUCUCAGUUCCGGUGAUGAGCGAGAAUUCUUUGGGAUGGUCUUAA